CACAAGAUGCUCGCAACAUUACUUUUGAGUCUAUUUUUCACCGCCGUUCUCUCCCAAAAUCCAAUAGACCAAAGUCAAUUUUCUACAUGGAACGGUUCACCAGACGCAUCUUCAUGGACUCCUGGCAUUCAACCAGAUCAGCUUUCUACGAGUGGUUUUUCUUCAACUUUUGGGACUCAGCCUGGGGGAAUGAUAAGUGAAGGGCAGUCUAACCUGAAUAACCAGUUUUCUACUCAGCAAUUUGGACAAAACUUUCAGAUUCCCUCUACCCAACAAGACAAUACAGGAAGUAUAGAAAGUCCAAAUUUUGCAAGCCUAAUGGGUUCAGGUAUGCAACAGUCGUUUGUGCCAUCUAAUUUUAUGAAUGACCCGAGCACUCCUCGGUUGUUUCAGAAUGAAGGAUUGAACCAGAUCCAAGAUUCAUCCAUGCUUGGUGGAAAUUUCGGUGCGUUAAAUUUUGCAAAUCCAAACCAAGCAAGCAUGUUUCCAAACUCAAAUUUUCAAACUCCUUUUCCCAACAAUUUCCAGGGUGGUUUCAUGAGCAAUUCACCGAUGAAUUUUCCUAAUGGUCCUGGCGGUGUAGACAUGUGGAAUGCAAACCGAUUAGAUAUGAUGGACACACCUGUCGCACCAACACUUUCACAGGGACAACAAGAUAACUCUAUAUCUUCUUUUUCACAGGGACCACAAGAUAACACUAUAUCUCCCUUUUCACAAGGACAACAAGAUAACACUUUAUCUUCUUUUUCACAAGGAACACAAGAUAACACCGGGUCCCUAUUUCCACAGGGACCACAAGAUAACACCAUAUCUCCCUUUUCACAGAUACCACAAAAUAACAAUUUAUCUCCCUUUUUACAGGGACAACAAGAUAACACUAUAUCUCCCUUUUCACAGGGACAACAAGAUAACACUAUAUCUCCCUUUUCACAGGGACAACAAGAUAACACUUUAUCUUCUUUUUCACAAGGACCACAAGAUAACACCGGGUCCCUAUUUCAACAGGGACCACAAGAUAACACCGGGUCUCUAUUUCCACAGGGACCACAAGAUAACACCGGGUCCUUAUUUCCACAGGGACCACAAGAUAACACUUUAUCUUCUUUUUCACAAGGAUCACAAGAUAACACCGGGUCCCUAUUUCCACAGGGACCACAAGAUAACAAUUUAUCUCCCUUUUUACAGGGACAACAAGAUAACAACUUAUCUCCCUUUUUACAGGGACAACAAGAUAACACUAUAUCUCCCUUUUCACAGGGACAACAAGAUAACACUAUAUCUCCCUUUUCACAAGGACAACAAGAUAACACUUUAUCUUCUUUUUCACAAGGACAACAAGAUAACACCGGGUCCCUAUUUGCACAGGGACCACAAGAUAACACCGGGUCCCUAUUUCCACAGGGACUACAAGAUAACACCGGGUCCCUAUUUGCACAGGGACUACAAGAUAACACCGGGUCCCUAUUUGCACAGGGACCACAAGAUAACACAAGAUCCCCAUUUUUGCAGGGACAGCAGGAUAACACAAAUUUCCCUUUUAUUGCUUUAGAACAGAAUAGAUUUAGAGACAAUCGUCCAGGACAACUAAUGACAGAUCAACAAGAAUGGCGGCGUAAUAAUUUCGGAUAGCCUGGCCGUGGAAUAAUAGACCUAGAUCGCUGGAUAUCUUCUCACAGUUUGACAACCCUCGCCUUUUUGCUUGUUAAAACUGUUACAAUGAUAAUGAUAAAAAUUAUGCAGAUAAUUCAAUAGGUUUUUGAAUAUAAAUAAAAGUUCUAUUACGUCAUGAUAUGAAUUUUAUUAAACAAAAGUGACAAGCAUAGAUAUUUAUUGAAUGUUUGAGAUAUUUUUACUCUGAAUUCAAAGGCCUAUGUGUUUAAAUAAUGAAAAUUCAAUUCCUGUAAACUUUUGAACAUGUAAAAUAGAGUUCAGUAAUACUUUCAGGUAGAUUAAUUCGACAUGGGCAUAAGAUUCAGUUUUUAAAAUUAUGAUAAGAAUGUUUUUGAAAGAUUGUUGAAAGAUAGAAAAUAACUUAGGAAAAAAGUAUUAAGGAUGUAAAGAACUAUGAAAGUUCAUAAUCGAUUCACAAUUUGAACGAGGAAAUUACAAAUACUUUAAUUCAAGUUUAAUGAAAUAAAUGCAUAUAUACAUAUUUCAUUAUAGAUAUGCAUGUAAAUGUAUGUCCAAUUAAGUAAAUAUGAAUUUUGU